UUCACGAAGCCUUGUCCGGAACGAUUCAAGGCUCUACUCACCAACCCCAACGCUCGCACAGAUUUCACAUCUGCCAAUCUAAGUAUACCUCCACAGGCCAUGAAUCAUUCAAACCCAGCGAUACCUACCUCCGACAGCCCCAAUCAGCCUCCACAACGAUACCCAUCAUCGGGCGAACCGUUACAACAGUCUAA